CACUACUUAGAAUAGAUAUACUCUAUUUCAUCCCAGUGCUGGCUUUAACCUUGCCCUUCUCCACUUGGUAGCUCUCAGUCCUUAUUUCACAUUCCAUUUUUCAUUUUUUCUUUCAGUUAGCAUAUACUGUACCUGUACUACAUCUCAGCAUGAGAAGCAUUUUAACUUUUUUCCUUAUCCAUCCCCCUGUACUAAAACCCCAAUGAGACACUGUAGCUUGCUAAUUUAAUUUUUAAACUGAAAAGAGAAAUAAAAGGGAAUCAUAGACAUCUAGUCUCUUCUGAUUCUGGGUCUCCCAGCUUCUAUCAUGAGCUAAAGUGGGAACGUGGCAGGGACUGGUUGGAAAUGCCAAAUGCCGAAGUUUUUAGAUACUGAGGCCAAGUGUGGGACAAGUGCACAAAGUCUGAGAAGCCAGAACAGAGGAACAAAUAUUUGCAGAGAUUACAUCUAUUACUGAUACUAGAGGAAAGCCAGUACAUCUGCUCUCUUCAUGGGGCAGAGGAGUCGGCAGAACAGGAUCGAGGAGCUACCAAAUCCAUCAAGGCGGUCUCACUUCUGAAUCACUGGACUGUGUGUGCACUCUGCUACGGACCUGCAUGGUCUCAGACGCAUCAUGUUACCACUUGAGCUACUUCUCUGCUGCUUCCUGCUGCACACUGCAGACGCCAUUUCAUCUGGAAACCAGACGGAUGUCUUACUACAUCUUCCUUCACCCUUGGAAUCCUCGCUAACUUCCUCAUACCCCUUGUCUUGCCAGACCCUUCUUCCCAAUUCCCUCCCUGGCUUCACUCAGAUGGCCCCUCUCCCCAGGUUCCUGGUAAGCCUGCCACUGAUGAUCGCUCUGGAGAGAGCUGGUUGUCAAGCUGAUGUACGGGUCCUGCAGCUGCGGCUGUACCGCCAAGGGGGUGUAAACGCUACACAGACCCUCAUCAGACAUCUGCAAGAGCUGGAGAGAAGCAGAAGCAGAGGGACGGGAGUGUCAGUAGAUGCCCUGACCUCUGCUCUGCAGCUGUGGGCUGGAGAGAAGCCAGGCCCACGGAGAGCCCGACGGUCACCCUCGGUCAAAGACUGUGAGCAGGAGCAGGAGAAGAGUGUGCACAACGUAGUCCAGAUGUUGCCGGGAGUGGGGACCUUCUACAACCUGGGCACAGCAGUGUAUUAUGCUCUUCGGAACUGCUCGGACAUGGCCAAGGAACGAGGGCGAGAUGGGGUCAUAGAUCUGGGAUAUGACCUUCUGAUGGCCAUGGCUGGAACGUCAGGGGGACCCACAGGGCUACAGAUCGGCAUUGCACUUAAACCUGUGCUGAAGGCUGGGGUUCAGCGGCUGAUCCAGUAUUACUACGAGAGGGAGGCAAACACCCCUCCACCAGAGACCAGCGAGGAGGUCUUGGGGAGCACCUCAGAUAUGAGUGAAGUGGAAGAAACAACUAUCAUGGCCCCUUUCGUGUCAGAAGUAGUAAGUUCAAAUCCAUGCUGGGGGUGGACCUUAUUCAACACCUGUGGCUUAGAUCCUAGGUAUUGGAAUAUUAGGAUAUAAAAGAAGGUGGCAGGAGCCAACCGUUAGGCCUGAACCCUUUCACUGACAGAGGGCCUAGGUUCAAUCCCCGGUCAGGGAACUAACAUCAUGCAAGCCGUGCAGCACAGCCAAAAUAAACAAUAAUAAAAUAAAAAGAUAGUGACCUCUGACUAAAGAGAAUUCAAUCCAGUCCACUUAAUCCAGCAGAACUCUACUCUGAUUCCUUCCCUUCUAUAAACUGCAAUCCAUAACCAGAUCAGGAUAAGUGUUCUGAGAUUACAAAAAGGCAAAGAAAGAGGGGAAUGAGAAGAGCUAACGUUUUUCUGCUCACCUUUUGGCGAUGUGGCCAAAAAUAAAUAAGUAAAUAAUAAAAGAAGGUGGUAAACACUGA